GGGCUCGCCUUGGCUCGGUUCGGCUCGGCUCCAGCUCCGGCUCCGCCAUGGAGGCGCUGCGGGCGGCGGGGCGCGCAGUGCUGCGGAGCCCGCGCCUCGCCCGGCACGGCCUGGGGCUCCGCCGGCGGCGCAAACUUCCUGAGAACUGGGCCGAUAUGCAGGAGCCACUGCUUGAGGGAAUGUGCUUCACCCUGAAGUAUCUAGGCAUGACUCUGGUAGAAAAACCAAAAGGAGAAGACAUGGCUGCCGCUGCCAUUCGCAGGAUUGUGGCCACGGCACGGGUGGGAGCUCGCAAGUUCCAGAAGGUGAUUCUGACAGUGUCUCCGAGGGGCAUCUCUCUGCAGGAUGCAGACACAAAGGAAAUGGUGGAGAACGUCUCUAUCUACAGGAUCUCCUACUGCACAACAGACAAGCUGCAGAACAAAGUCUUCGCUUACGUUGCCCAGAGCCAGGAGAGUGGAGCACUAGAGUGCCAUGCCUUCCUCUCACCCAAGAAGAAGAUUGCACAGGCUGUGACUCUGACUGUGGCCCAGGCCUUCCAGAUGGCACUGGAUCUCUGGGAAGCAACACAUGCAGGCUCUAGGCAGGAUCAGCCCUUUCACCCUUCAUGUGUCAUGGAGAGCAUUGAGCCCGGCAGACCCCGUGAGCCAGCCCCCCGGGGGAGCCCUCCCUUCAGACACCAGUUUGGGGAGGAGGAAGAGGAGGAGGAAGAUGAUAAUGUCGGUGAAAGCUUAUCUGGAAUUAACACCUCUUGUGCCCCCAGCGUGCUCUCCUACAGCACAGCUCCUGUGCUAUCGCCUGGGGCAGCCCCCGGACAGCUGGACAGGGGUUGGAGACCUCUCCACCUCUGGCCCCAGGACUGCUGGCCCCAAGACUCCCCUGGGCUAAGCCAAAUCUCUGCAACAAUGGACCAGCCACUCAGGAUUCACCCUGUGCCUGCACCCGGGACAGCCAGUGCCUGCCCCUACCCUGGCACUGCCCUCCGGGCACGGGGGCUGCCGGCACUGCUGCCAUGGAGUGCCCAGGCUGUGACACCCACUCCUUGUCCUGCUCUGCCUGCAUGAACCGCCUACAGCUGCAGCUGCUCCCAGCUCGGGCUGGGGGACCUGUGCUCCUCGCUCUGCCUGCUCCCAGGCCACGCAGGACCACUCCGAGUGCUCUGAGCCUGCUGGAUGCAGCCAGUGCACAUCCUCAGGGAGCAAUAGCUCUUGGCCUGGAGCAGUGUGAGGAAGGCCUUGCCCCUGCAGUUCAGCCCCACACCCUCUCAUGAGUGAAAUGAGCUGGUUUUUUCAAGGAAAGCUCUGCCUUUAUAGAGAAAUAAACCAAGUUUUUUACUGUU